AUGUCUGAUGAUGAAUUUGAUGAUCUGGAUGCUUUGUUUGAUGAAUUUGAUGACGAUGACGUUGUAGACGCUGCUGAGGAAAAUAAAUCGAAUUGUCCAGUCCAGAAAGAAGAAGAUGCGUCUGAAGAAUCUCCAGCAAAUGUUUCUGCAAACGAAGAGAAACUCAGGUCAGAGCUCGAGGAAAUGAAGCUCAAGAUGAAGAUGAUGGAGGAAAUGCUAAAAAAUCAAAGCAUGACAACUCCUGUAAAAUCUUUAAAUUCAAGUAAAAUUAAGAAACCAGAAAAUUCGAAUACGACAAGUCAAGCUAAAAAGGAGGUUACUCCUAUGAAGACAGUUACCCCCAGCAAACCCUCUUUAUCAGAUAAGUUCAAGAAUGUUCUCGAUACCAAAUCAAGCGAUGAUAAUCCUAGUACCUCUGCUUCUCAAAUAAAACCACCACCCAAUAAAACACCAUCAAAGUGUCAACUUUCUGAAACUUUCGGCACUGCUCUUCAUGAAGCAGAAUCAAAACGUCAGGCCCCUAAACCGAGUAACAUUAAGCCUGUCUCCUUUGCUCCGACUCCAGAAAAACUAGAUAAGUGCCCUCACUCAGGAAUCAGAAUCAGCAAUCGAGUUACAGCCAAAAGUGACUUUAACUGCGCUGUCGCAACUCGCAAGUUCGUCAAAAUCCAACACCUUCCACUUUUCUUUAAGGACAAGCAGGAAGUACCGGGUGACUGGGUAACAUCUGGCGUGAUCGUGAGGAAAGCAGGUCCUUUCAAGUCAAAAACUGGAAACGAUUACAGUAUCUGGACGUUAUCUGACUUGAUUUCGCUUGAUAAUACUCUAUCUUUGUUUUUGUUUAAAAACGUUCAUAUAGAACACAGAAAAGAGCAGAUUGGUACUGUUGUUGCUCUGCUCAACCCUAACUUCAUGCCUCCUCGUGAUCAGGAGAAAGGCAAGAAAAGUGACCUUGCCUUCACUUUGGAUGAUGCCAAGAAACUUCUCAGAAUGGGAAUGGCUGCCGAUUAUGGUACUUGUAAAAAUACCACAAAGGGUGGCCAGCAGUGCAACAAUUUCAUCAACAAAUCUCUAACACAAUAUUGCGAUUUUCACAUUGUAAAAGUUCAUGCUCAAUUGAGGAAUAAGAGAAUGGCUCUGAACGGUUCUUAUACUCCCCUACAACCUGGCAUGAAUAAGCUUCAAAAAUUUAAACAGGACUGUCAAGCUUUCUCCCACAAGGGAAACGUUUACUAUCCAAAUGUUAAGGCAGAGGUAACCGACAAACCUGAAGUGGCAGCACUGAAAAAGAAAGGAAUGAUGAUUUCAACUCCACUAGUGAGCACAGAGGAGUUUAACAACAGAUUGAAAGUACAAUCUACCGGGUCUAUUCAGCUAAAACGGGCUCUCGAAGCAUCUCCAAAACCAUCAGAGUCAUCCCAAAGCUCUAAACGUGCGAGAUUAGAAAAGCUAGAUAUGACUUCUUGUAAAACUUUUUUCAAAAAACAUGUUGAAGCUCCGAAGCUAGGCAGCGGCCUUUCAUCGGGAGGAUUUAUAAACUUAAACACUGACGGAAAAAAGGCUAGUAUGAAAGCUAAAGCUAUUUCUCUGGCGAAAAAAGGAGCAUUUACCGCUAAGAUUCCGGGUAGAAAACGGCACGAACUUACUCCUGAUGAGAGAAGACGGAUGAAGGAGAGGUCCCUGGGCCUGGAAAAGGAGCCCCCUCCAAAAGAGGAGAUUAUUCUAAAUAGUGCUUCAGAUAUGUUAUGUUCUAAAGGUCCAAUAGUGACCAAAAGAACUGCAAGUAGUGCACGGCAAGAUAAAGAAAAUAAAUCCCGUAAAAGUAUUAAUGGUAAAUCAAAGGAAAGUGAACCUGUAGCGAGAAAAGGUAUUUUAUCUGCCGCAUUUGGUUCUAUUGACACUGAAUCAAUCGAGGGAAAGAGAAUCAUGAAGGCCCAGUCAAUGAACGUGGGUGUUAUCCGAGAGCAAGAAAUCGAAAGGACAACAGACUAUUUCAAUGCCAUGGAAAAAUUCGAACACAACGAAGAAAAGCUGCUGAGCAUCAAGGAGAUCAAGGUCACUGUUUACAUCUGUAGGACCUGCAACACGGCCACUUCCAAGCAACUUCCUAAGUGCAUAGAAGAGAAACAUCCCGUUAAAAAGGGACCAGCUGUUAAGAAGUUCUUCAAAUGUGGGGGCUGUUCCCAGAGGACAGAUGUAGUGGGCAUGCCGUACCCAGAUCACAGCUGUAUGAAGUGUGGCAAGUCCGCGUGGGUCAAGUGUAGUAUGUAUCAUGAGAAGAAGGGGGUGAAGUUGGAGAGUGAGAGGUUGGUUGUAAGAGCUGAAGAUGUUGAAAUUAGAGAGAAAUUUGCAUAGGUUGAGCAACUUGGAAAUGUGUAUGGUGAAAUACCGUGGUUGUAUAGAAUUUGUAGUCGUCAUUGAGUGAUUGCCAAUGCUACUUUUGCUUUUGGUUUGUUAUCAUCGCAUGGUAUAUAAAAUGAUGUGACCUGUUAAGUUGGUCGUAUUUGACGGGCGGGGUUAAAGUUUUAAAUUGUUUUAGUAUUGCGUUUUGUUGACAGU